AUGGCUGUCAGAGCGCAAUUUGAGAACUCCAACGAAGUUGGUGUCUUUUCCACCCUCACAAACUCUUACGCCCUCGUGGCGGUCGGUGCCAGCGAAAACUUCUAUAGCGUGUUCGAGGCCGAGCUCCAGGAUGUCAUUCCCAUCUGCAGAACGACGAUUGCCGGCACGCGGAUCAUUGGGCGGUUAACAGCUGGUAACCGAAAAGGUCUUCUCGUCCCCACCACAACCACCGACCAAGAACUCCAACACCUCCGCAACUCCCUCCCCGACGAAAUCCGCAUACAGCGCAUCGAGGAGCGUCUCUCGGCCCUCGGCAACGUCAUCGUCUGCAACGACCACACAGCCCUCGUCCACCCCGAUCUAGAGCCUGAGACGGAAGAGAUCAUCGCUGAUGUCCUCGGUGUGGAAGUUUUCAGGCAAACCAUUGCCGAUCACGUGUUGGUGGGCACAUACAUGGCGCUGAGCAACCAAGGCGGUCUGGUGCACCCCAAGACGAGCAUUCAGGACCAGGAUGAGCUGAGCAGCUUGCUGCAGGUACCUCUUGUGGCGGGCAGUGUCAACAGAGGUAGCAAUGUUAUUGGCGGCGGCAUGGUGGUGAACGACUGGAUGGCGGUGACGGGGUUGGAUACCACAGCGCCGGAACUCAGCGUGAUUGAGAGUGUGUUCAGGCUGGGUGAGGGUGCGGCGCCGGGGGCGAUUAAUACGACCAUGAAGGAGACGAUGGUGGAGUCGUUCUACUGA